AUGUCUUGGAAAAAUGAAACGGCGGUGGUAGAAUUUGUUCUUCUGGGACUCUCCAGUGAACCCACCACACGGACUAUACUUUUUGUUGCCUUCUUGCUGAUUUAUGUAAUGAUUCUGGUUGGAAACUUCCUCAUCAUCACUUUGACCUUGACAGAUAACAAUCUCCAGACCCCUAUGUAUUUCUUUCUUACUAACCUUUCCCUUAUGGAUAUCUGUGUUUCAUCAACCAGUGUUCCGAGGAUGCUGAAGGAUUUACUGUCAGCAAAGAGAACCAUUUCUUACAUAGAGUGUGCAGCUCAGAUGUACAUUUCCUUAUCUCUAGGGGAAUGCGAGUGCAUCUUGCUUGCCAUUAUGGCUUAUGAUCGUUAUAUAGCUAUAUGUUAUCCAUUACAUUACACUAUAAUUAUCAACAGAUCUGUCUGCAUUAAAAUAGCUGUAGGUACUUGGGUGUGUGGGUUUCUUCUCUCAAUUUGCCACAUUGUACUUACAUUGAACAUUAAUCUGUGCGGGCGGAAUGAAAUCAACCAUUUUUUAUGUGAGGUCCCAGAAUUCCUAUCCCUUGGGUGUCAGAAUAUAAUGAUCGUUGAAUCUGUGAUUUUUAUCGUAGGAGUAUUGAUACUCAUUAUACCUGUCACUUUUAUAUGUGUGUCUUACAUGAGGAUUAUAGUAAGCAUCUUAAAGAUUUCGUCUUUGACCGGGCAGAAUAAAGCUUUCUCUACAUGUGGCUCACAUAUGAUGGUCGUGGCAAUGUUUUACGGCUCAGCUAUGGCUGUGUACAUGAAAUCCAGGUCAACCUCUUCUCCGGAUACGGACAAAAUAAUUACAGUUUUUUAUUUUAUAAUAACACCUAUGCUAAAUCCAUUGAUUUAUACGCUUAGGAACAAGGAAGUGAAAACAGCUUUAACAAAAUUAUUGAAAAAUAAAAUGUUUCCAAAAUUGUGA